AUGUCAGCUAAUUCUAAAGCAGGCUCUUCCACAAGCCGACAACGACAGGCAUCGACAGCAUCACACUCAGGCAGAAGACGAUCAACAGUUUUAAUGAAUUUACAAAUGAAUGACCCAACUUUGCCACCUCAAGGAGAAAUUGUUAGUGAAAGUCAAAAUCGUACAGCUAGUCCUAUGUCAUUUACGGGCUCACCUAUCAAUGCAAGCGGUGAUCCCCAUCAUUUCCGCGCGCCUAGUCUUGGUGAGAUACAUCAAGAAUUGGAACAAGAACAAGAGGCUCAAGUGAAUCGCCUUUUGCAUAUGAUUCGGACUCAACAACAACAACUUCAGCAAUUACAAGCUGCCAGUGGUCAAGCGCAAGGAUCUGCACCAGCCAUAGAUGAAUCUACUCCAACAUCUGAGCGAUCUCUAUCGUUCUCAACACAAAACAUCCCUCCAAAUGUGACCUCAGCAAUGUCAGUUCCUCGAUCACCCAUCACAGCGAUGCAUUCCCGAACUUCCUUCGAUGUUGCACGAGAAAAUCUACAUCGGCGAUCCAGAACCCCUAGUCGAACUGCAUCACCUAGGUUGAGAUCCUCAUCUAUAAGUAAUGAAGGUGGAGAAUCAUGGAAUUUGGGUGGCCGUGAUGAGAGUGCAUACUAUCAAGCGGAAACGCAGACGAUGAUUCGAGAGAACCAAAUGUUACGUCAGAGAAUACGGGAAUUAGAGCGCCAAGUUAGUGAAUUACAUGCAAAUUCCUCCAUUACACACGAACCUGCCACGGCAUCUCAUCUGGUUUCAUCCACUUCUGUUUCUGAAGAAACAGCACCAAUUGCUGCACCAGCAGAUGAGCCAAAACAAGAUUGA